AAGCAAUACUCGUCUGCUGUUUGCGUGUCCGUAUCAGGUCAGCACGUUUAUUUGGUUGAUUUGGCCUUGUUGGUGCUCUUAAGAUCUUAUCCAGGAGUUUUUCGUCAUGAGGCUUAGUCCACGGGAACUAGAGGGGCUUCUAAUUCACCAAACUGGAUUUCUGGCUCAGAAGCGACUUGCACGUGGAUUAAAAUUGAACCAUCCCGAAGCAGUCGCCCUUAUCGCUUGCCAGGUGAGCGCGCAACACCGCAAGACGGCUUUUGCACUGUAAGAUUACGGAAUUUCAUGGGGCUCACUUUGUGCUAACAGUGGAAAAGUGGAGCAACUUCAGAAUACCGUCCCAUAAGUAAUCUGUAAUAAUUACAUAUACUCGUCCUGUAGCGCUAGCUAUUUGCAUUUCACAAAUUGUUCUGCGUUUCUCUCAUGUAUUGUGUUCCUCCAUCUGUUCGAUCACGAGUCAUGCAUACUCAGUGUCCAUGUGUAUUUUGUCAUGAAUGUUUGAAGCAAAGGGCACAAGAUACACUUUCCUAACAACAAUAAUCGCACAUCUUUUAAAACUAGUAGGAAAGACACGAAAAAACGUAUUUUCCCACAACUCCUGAUCCAGGUACAAAUAGAUCCCCUGCCCCUCCCCGAAGGUAAUAAUAACAGGUUCUUAGUUAGCACAAAUUUGAUUAUUUUAGCUCAAUGAAUUUAUCCGAGAUGGAAAGACUGUUGCAGAGUUGAUGAACUUAGGAAAGCAGUUAUUAGGUGAGUGGAAGAAAAUAAGUUCUAAGGUUUGUUAAUGAUAAAUACUGUUGAUUUGAGUGUAUAAAGUACACAUAUGAUUAUGCCAAUAUUGUCAAGAAGUAGGUACAAAACUUGUGAAAUCAGAUCACCGAGACCCGAUACUUACCAGAUGAUAAAACCCAUUAUUUUCUCUAAUGUAAUUGAGACGACCCUUUCCAAGUUUUGUAUUACAUACUUGCCAGACGAAAAAAGCCAUUGUUUUCUCUAGGUGUGAAGGAGUCGAUCCAGUACUAGUUUUGUACCUGUGCCAGUGCUGUCACUAAGGGCAAUCCCCCAGCCCCUGAAUGUGAUCCCUGGCUAUUUUCAUAGGAAAAAAUUAGACAAAGAAAUCCCUGUGUUUCUCUACAUACUUGUAAUGUAGGUACCCCUUCAACAAUCCUACUUGUACCAUUGUAUAGAGAAUUAUAAAUUCUUACAUCACAAAGCCCCAAAUAUGUAUCCCUUGAUCAUGAGUCAUUAUGUCUACUUCAAGAAUAAUUUUGCAAUGCCAUUUGUAUUGUUUCUGCUAUUACUGAUCAAUCAAAGGAAAUCUGUGGUGCCAUGUCAAUAGAAAUGCAGUGUCUUUUUCCCAGGGUGGGGCAGGGGGUCUUAAAGUGAUGAAAUGCUUAGAGUGUCUAGGAUAGAAAGCAAAUAUUUUUACCCUUAAAGGUACCUCUUUGGUUGUGUUGAAAGAAAUGCCAACAGUGUAUAUGCUGUAGUUAAUUUUUUUCUUAGAUAAUUUUUAUUUUUCCUUUGUUUCAACUUCAUUUGCAUACAUUACCUUACCCAAAAACAAAAGAAGAACAAAAACUACCUGAGAUAAAAAAAUUAAUUACAACAUAUAUAGAGCUAACAAAUGCCAUUACACUGUGUUGGAGUAAGGUCUCAUUUAGGGGUCAAAAAUGCCUGAGUAAUGCCCAGAUUGGUCUCCUACAAUGUUGUCCCCAGAGUCUUGUUGCUUUCCUAUAUCACAGCAGCAGCAGAGCUGCCAUAUUGGAAAGCAAGAAGACCCAGCUGGGGAUGAGGUUGGGUCUCCUUUGGAGUAUGGUCUCAUUUAGGGGUAAAAAAAGUCUUAGCCAUGCCUGGAUUGCUCUCCUUUAAUUUUAAACUGAUGUCAGAGCAUCCCUUUCACUUUCCUAUGGGAGUCCUGACCCCGGGUGUGUUUUAUUGUAGUGAAGAAGUGUUUGCAGAAUAAUGCCCAGAGUGACUCCUAAUCUAACAACAAAUUCUCCUUUCGAUUAUCAAGCAUAAAUACUUUGAAAGAAUCAAGCUUAUUGUUAAAGGUCACAUAUUCCAGGUGCUUAUUCAAUGUAUAAAAUUAACUGCUCUUUUCUGACCAUAAGGUUCGAUAAUCUUAGGCCCGGUUCAUAUGCCAAACUUUUUAUGAGCCAAACCUUAUUCGAAUUAAGGCCGACACAAAUUAUUUAGACCAGUUGAAUCGAUUCAGACGCCGAUCUUAAUUCCAGCCAAACUAAAUUCAAAAGGAGAAAAAUGCUCAUUUCGGUCAAACUACUUACAAAAUACGUUACAGUAAAAACCCGCGUAUAAGAACCUAGGUUUUUCCAAGUUAGCCUAAACAGGUUCUUAUAUAAAUGGUAUUUAGUGUAAAAUUAGGCUAACUAGGUUCUUAAUUAGGUUCUUAACUUUUGUUCAAGAAAUAAAGCUGAAUUUUUAAAUGAUCUGGUGUUUAAUGUCCAAAAACAGUAUUCUUGGAGGCUUCGUUAAGCAAAAUACUAUACUAUUUUAAUCUGAUUCUGUUACAAUCAAACCUAUGGUAAAGUUUUAUGUAACCAUGCUAUCGUGUUUAGAGUAUUAUCGCAUACAGACUGUGUUAUAUAUAUACAUUUUUUUUUUGGAGAAAAUUUCUUAAUUCUAUAUAUAUAUAUAUUUUUUUGAAAAUAAAAACCUGUUUUAGGAUUUUAGCCUAAAAUGGUUCUUAUGUGAAGGGUGCUUAAAAAUGAAAUUUUAGCCUAACAGGUUCUUAAAAUAUUAUUAAUGUUAGGUUCUUAUGCGCGGGUUUUUACUGUAUAAUAAUUAUUAUGCAUUAGGUUUGGUACAUGAAAAGUUCGGUGUCUGAAUCAAAGUCGUUCCAAAGGUGAAAUUCCCAGCCGGGCCAGGCGAAAAGAACGCGGUUCCAAAUUGAAACAGGCAUUCCUAAUUGAUUCAGAUGCUGAACUUUUCAUGUACUUUAUUCAAUGUAUUAGGGUCGGCUCAUGAAAAGUUCGGCGUCUGAACUGGCCCUAAGACUCUUGGAUAGCAUCUCCCAGAUUAGAAAUUGCAGAGACAAUCUAUUAAGUAGGAUCAGCUGUUUUCUCUCCCCUGCUCAGAGAUAAAGAGGUGGUGUGUGGAAAAUUAUUAUAACCAUUAUUAAUUUUGGAAAAUGUUGUUGUCAGGGGUGAACCAAGUGUUACCUGGUGUAGGAGAGCUUAUCAAUGAAGUACAGGUUGAAGGAACUUUUCCAGAUGGAACAAAAUUGGUAAGGAGCUGGAGGGAAGCAAAAUAAUUAUGUUAUAGGUAAAAUCCAUUUUCAGGUGAAAUGUUUAUGUGAGAAAACAAAAAGUUGGCUUAAUGAAACACUUUGGUUCGCCAAGGUGGGUCAACUCGGUCAGGCCAAGACAAUCAGAACAUGGGUGAGCGCUGUACUGUUUUAGACAAUCAGGACAUUUGCGAGCAUUGCUGACCCAGCUGGCAAAGGAGACAACAUUUUUCUUAUAGAAAAUGAAACACUGGCUAAAGUUGACUUGGCUGGGAGGAUGACCCUUCUACAUUUUUUCUCCAUAUAAACAGAGCUAAGACUUCUCUGUCACCAUAAGUGAAAAUAGGUGUGGGCAGAACAGUUUAAUAAUUAUCACUACUACAUUACUUCUCUAGCUAAUCCUGAUAGAAACUUCAGGCUAUAAACUCUAUUUUUGGCUGAUUACAGAGUGAGGUUAUUACAAUGAAACCACCUCUCGCCAAUAAAAUCUCUUAUGGGGCAACAUAAGACACAACAGCAUACAAUUCUCUAUUCCACCCAUCAAACCAAGUAAAUCUUAAAAACUGUUUUAAUCAAUGAUCAAAAUUUUAGGUCUCGGUUCAUGAUCCUGUUUGUCAAGAAAAUGGGAACUUGAGUCUUGCGCUGUAUGGUAGCUUUCUUCCUGUGCCAUCUGUGGAAAAGUUUGCAUCUGCCAGUGCAAAUGUAGUGCCUUUGGUAAGUGUACAUUAAAUUAUUUGUAAAUUUUUUCCAACUAAUUUGUAAUGAGGCAAUUGUAGGGGUGUAGCUACCUGUAUGCACAAUGCAAAGGUGCUUUUAUACCUUAGAAAAAGGGUAAAAAAAACUGAAAAAAAGAAAAUCAAAAGGAGAAUAAUUAAGAUAAAGGAAAUAAACAAAAGAUAACAGUUAUUUUUAUCAAUCAACCCACGUUACCAAGACGACACGAGAGUUUGGGCAAAAUAAGUUUAUUGAACCAAGCGGAGAAAGCUGACCGAUAGCUUGACAAUAAACCAAGACGCAACUAGAUUAAAUUAAAUGAAACGAAGGGACAAUAUGGUUAUAAACUCAACAAGAAUACUGAGAUAUAAGGGGGGGAGAGGUGGGCAAGAGGUUACGCGUCGCCUCCGGAUCUAACAAAAGAUGACCGUUAAGAAUGUGCGCGUUUAUAUAAGACAUUUGACACCUCCGUAACUAGUUAAUUAACGAUCAUUAAUAAAUGAUUACUCAAUCAACCCACGUUACCAAGGCGACACGAGAGUUUGGGCAAAAUAAGUUUAUUGAACCAAGCGGAGAAAGCUGACCGAUAGCUUGACAAUAAACCAAGACGCCAAAGUGCCCAAACUAGAGUGAGAAUGUUGGUAGUGGGUUGAAAAAGACUAAGGCAUAAGUCGAUAAUAAAACUUAGUCGGAAAACAUAGACUGAAGCGUUAAGGCCAUAGCCUUGGCUGCCUGCUGUUUUUGUGUCUGAGAUAAUUCUAAAUAAACAAGAUAAGCGUCGCUCUUCCAGUCUCCCUGCAGUUUGAUUAUUUCGGAUGGAAUAUGGCAAUCAAAUGCGAAAAGUCGCCCACCCUUCAAAAACUAUGAGGAGAGUAAAGGGACGGGUCGAAAUUGAGCGUAGACAUAACCCGCAAAAGAAAAGCGCAAAUUGCUUGUAAGUAAUUGGUACUAAACCCGACCGGAGGAAACUGAAAAAGGGGGCAGACACGGGGCCGGGUUGAGCGAAAUGGCGCCGCAGUUUAAAUCGGACAAAGGCGAGAGCCAGGAAUCACGGAAUUGGCAAAAUAAGAGAGCGUUGCUGACACUGAAUGGUCUUCGGGCUGAAACAUGGAUAUUUGCGCCCGAAGACGUGAAAACCAAAUCUGCCAGCGUGAUAACCUUGGGGGAGAUUUGCCUCGGAUUAUCGAAAGUACUAGAUUGGAUUUACGCAAAAAGGUGAAGAAAGCAACUAAAAACAGAGCCCACAUAGCCGCAUGUAGCGGUAAAGAAAAAUUGAAAAGAUCAAACGCGGCAUGCAAAAUUGAAGGUGUCAUGGCGGCCGAUUCUGAAACGCCGCACCCAGAAAACGCUUGGCGCCUCGUAAUAAAAGCUGAAAGCGGUAAUCGAACUCAAGUGAGUUCAGACCCGGCAAGUUGAUGAGCGUGUUUAAGACUACUAAUAUGGUUAAGCACGGUACCGUAAAGCCCGCUUCUCUUGCGCGACUAAAUAUGCUACAUACAAGCUAAUCGAUUUAACACUAAUAGGAAAGGACUGAAGAGCCCUCAGGUCACAAAAAGUCCGAUAACUACGAAUAUGAGCAGCUAUAUUCUUCUGUGUCGAUGUUGCGUGUGCACAGGAGAUGAGACGUGAGACGAAAAGACUGCAAUGUGAUGAUAGAAACAUCUGACCGAAUGCUGACCUGAUCCCGGAGGGAGGUCUACAAGAGAAAAACAAAACUAAAUAAAAAGAGUGUCACGCAACAUCGAAAAGAAAAACAAGCAGAGUCAACAUCUUGAAAAUAGAAAACUUGAUUAAAGUCACAACAAAAGCGAUAAAAGCUGUCGCGAGCUGAAGGAUCGGAGUGCCAGCGACUAAGACAAUCAACAAACUGAUUGUGUUUGCCAGGAACAUGGAGCGCGCGGACUUCAAAGUCAAAGAGAGCAGAGGGUGAACCAUAACUGGCGUAGGCAGCGCUGCAUAAAAGGAUCUUUUGAUGCAUUGGAUGAGAUGACCGUAACAGCCGCGGAGUUAUCACAUGCCACGAUGAAUUUUCGACCUUGUAACUGAGGAGCCCAGUGUUUUAGAGCGACAACGAUAGUGAACAGUUCCAGAGCAUUAAUGUGAAGAGAUUGGAGAGAAAUGCAAUCAGGAAAAACAAAACUGAUACACUGUGUUUGGCAGGCGGCACCACCCCCUUGAAGACAAGCAUCGGUGGAGAAAUUCAGGCCCUCGAAAUCCCACAGUGAAGGUUUGAUAAGUGAAAUGCGGUGAUAGCGUGGAAGGAAUUCAAACCACCAUUGGAUGUCCAAGAGCAUAGUGGCGGAAAUGGGGUACCGAUGACUAGCAGCGUGAUGGUUGCAUUCGCGAAGACAUUGUAGAAGUCUGGCCAUGAAGAUUCUCCCAGGCUUGACACAUGCCGUAACAAAAGAGAGCUUUCCCAGAAGCGAUUGAAGUUGUCUCUUAGUAAAAGAUGAAGAUUGUUUCCAGAUGAUAAGCUCAGCUCAGAAUCCUCCAGACGUGAGGCUGGUACCUCUAGAGUGAAGGCUUCAGUAUCAACGGAAAUGCCAAGACAAAUCAUUGAAGUGGAAGGUGGCGUGUCCUUUUCCGGAGAAGAAUCCAAGCCAAGUUGCUGGAAUAAUUGUCCAAGCUGUGAAAAAGCCUGAGGAGCAAGAGACGGAUAUUCGGCUCCGUAAAAGUCAUCCAAAUAGACAUCCGCCGAAAAUCCCUGCCCGUUAAAGAUGUGAACGACGGCUUUGGUUGUGCGCUGACAAAUCAGUGCCGACGAUCGUAAGCCAAAGGGACAACGAGUAUCAAAGUAGAACUGUCCUUGGUAACAAAACCCGAGCAGACGCUCGUUUAUAUAAGACAUUUGACACCUCCGUAACUAGUUAAUUAACGAUCAUUAAUAAAUGAUUACUCAAUUAUAUGAUGAGUGAUUGACUUGCUUCAGUCUAUGUACCCAAAAAGGUGACAAAGAAUUUUAAUUUCUUUUUAUUUUAGAAUUUUAUGUCAUUAGCUAGACAGUAAAAAUGCUUAGUCUUCCAAUGUAACCUCACCUUUAAUCAAGGCACGUAUUUAGAGGGGGGAUUUGGAAAACUGUGCUUACCUCUGGAAAAUCCUGGCUACGCCCACGAAUCUCCUGUCCCAUCUUUUAUAAUGAACCAGAGGGAUAACGGAUAUCUGAAGAAAGCAUUAACUGUUGAUGAUUACUUAUUGCGACAACAGCUCAGACAACAAAAAUUGAGUGAUGGGUUUGUUUGAGUGCCCCAAAGCAAAAAUUACCUUACAUUGUCCAAUAUCACUGGAAACAUAAAUGAUUGCUAAUGCAAAAUGUUGAUUCAGUGGUCUCACUGCCUUUUAAAGUAGGCAUCAGAGCUAGCUGAAAUGCUCUGUGGUUUUAAAAUUUAAAUUGAAACUUCUCUGGGCAAACUUUAACAAGUGACUGACAUUGGUGUUUGAUAACUGUCACUUAAUAGGAGCACUCAGUUCCAGGAGCCAUAAUUCCUUCUAAAGGAGAUAUUACUCUAAAUUCUGAGCGACGAACUGUAAAGCUGAGGGUCACUAGCCUGUGUGAUCGCCCUAUCCAGGUAUGUACUGUAUUGCACAAUUCAAGAUAAUUAUGCCUGUUGGUGUAAUGUAUGCAAUUGACUAUAUUUUGUAAAUAUUUGAUAUUUAAAGUCGGUGCUUUGCAUAGCACAUGCACUUCAAGAUGUGGGCUUCUUCUUCUGUACAUGACAUCUUACAAAAAGACUGUUUUCUGUCUUAGAGCUUAGAUCAUACCUGGGAAAUAUCCACUAACUGUGCUGGCAGAUGGUAAACAGCUGGGAUGUUGUUCGUUGCUACUUAUUUGGCUUUUGUACAUAAACUAAAUUAAUGAAUGAUUUUACGGCAUAAGUGCUCCCAUGGCAGCUUUGUUUUAAAGUGCAUUAUGUUUUGCAAAAUUUUUUAAUCACUUUUCUCCUCCUAGACCUUUUUUUAUUUUUCUGUUAUCUUUAGGUUGGAAGUCAUUAUCACUUCAUUGAGACAAAUAAGUAUCUUCAGUUUGACAGAAAGGCUGCUUUUGGCAUGAGACUGGUAAAUAUCACCAGAUAAGUGAUGCUUAAUGAUUAUGAUCAUUAUUGUUGCUGUUAUUAGCUAUCAUUGUUAAUUUCAUUAAAUCAUUUUGUGUUUUUGAGAGAAUGAUAUUUAAGCUGCAAAUAGGUACCGUCGUAAAUAAUUCUUUGCCUAGUUGUAUUUGAUGUGAGUAUCAUUAUUUUAUGCUAUAAUGAUUAUUUCAUGAGUAAUGAUCAUUUAUUUGUUUUGUUGACAGAAUAUUGCUGCUGGUACUGCUGUAAGGUUUGAACCAGGAGACAUUAAAACUGUUGAACUUGUUGAAAUUGCUGGAAACAGGUAAAGAAGAUUUUUAUUGAAGACCCCCGUCUUGCUGAUUUUCUAAUGUGUGGUUCCAAAACAUAUCCAUACCUCCCCCACGGAAGGGAUUUUUCCUUAGACCCCCCCCCCACCUCUCAGGAAUUUCCAGUCAAGCUUCCUACAUUAACUUAAGAUUUUGGGCCUUUGAAAACCCCCCACCCCCCAGGAAUUUCCAAUCCCUUCUGUGGGGGAGCACAGGCCUCUCCCCAUUGUAGAUCAGUCUGUCUCAACAAUUUAUGAUGAUGAUGAUGAUGAUGUCAGUGUAAUCUUCUUUGGAGUACAGUGGCUGCCUAAGAGGUUAACACCUCAAACUUCAGAUCUGGAGGUCGGGGUUCAAGCCUUCCUAUUGGGUUGCUACCUUACAUACAAGACACUUUUUUCCACUAUGUCUGUCUUCAACCAGGUGCCGUUUGAGUUUAAUCAGUUACGACGACAUACUGCUGGUGGUUGCUCUAUGAUGGAUAAGGAUUCCAUCAAGUGGGGAGUAGAAUAAAUAAAAUUUUUAUGCGGCUAAAUGUAAUUUAAGCCACGUAAAAUUAAGUAUUUAAACACGAAGCAAUGCUUGCCAGCAGUGUUGCCCCAGGGUUGAUUUGCAGCGGUGGCCGGGGGCUGUGUGCAUGGGCUUUGCAUGUUUACAGCUCAGCCUCGAUGUCAAGUCAUACUGUCUUCAGUUGCUUGCUUCUGGGCAGUUCUCACUGACUUGACCCCCGGCCCAUUCAUCCCUCUCGGCAUGGUAUAUAUACUGCAAGUAUAUGGUAAGUAUCUAGGUUUCCACUGCUCUUUCAGUGUGAUUGUGCCUGGUGGUUGCUGCUCACAGGGUUGUCAUGGAUACCCUAAAUGUUUUUGGCUCGAUUUGUCUAGUUGCUCCACCUUCCUUUGUCAUGCACAAUUCCCCAAGCUCAUCUAUUGAUGGGUUUAACAGGUGCUACAUGUUACUGCACAGAUACUGGAUUAUUUUGCACUGUGGCACUGGUCUCCUUGGCCUGUGUGCAUCUUUAGCUCACCCUGUACUUCUUUGUUUCUCAGAGUGAUUCGUGGUGGAAAUGGACUUGUUGAUGGACCUGUAAUACCUGAAAACUUAGAAAAGGCCAUGAAGAAAAUAGCUGUUGAAGGGUUUGCCCAUAAACAACAGGUGCAUGCAAACUUACUGUGUCUAGUUUGAUAUUACUUACUACAUUGUGAGCCAGUUAUAUACAUGUGUGCCAGCCUGGCCAUUGGGUUAGGUGGGGGGUAAAGCUGAAAAAACAGUAAAGGUAAAGCAACCAUAUUUUACGUUGAUAAAAAGUUGAUAAACUUGAGGUCGAUGGUGCACUCAUUUUACCCCCCUCUCUCCAUAAAUUACUUGAAUACCCUACCCUUCAUGGCAGCACAUACACUGUAUAUCUAUGGCCCAUAUAGUACUGUGCUUGUGUAAGCUGAUUCAUUGUCAUUCUUCAGCUGCAUACUUUCUCAAAGCUCUUUGUAAUUUACGGUUAGCAUCUGUACUGAGGUAGUGAUGCUGCUCUAAAUUUGGGAUCCAAAGAUCAGUUGAGGGGAACAGGAUGCCUUCAGCAGGCAGAGAGGUUUUCAUCAAUAGGGUUUCGAUUUAGAAGAUGUAUUUUGCAAUAACACGUGUUAAAUAGCUCCGUCUUUGUGUAGUGUUUUUACCGUAUGGAAAUUUACGGGGUGAUGGGAAACAACACAGACACUGGUAUAUACUUUCCACCUUUCAGUAUCGUACACAUUUUAUGCUAGCCUUAUCCACAGCUACAUCAGUAGUUGGCAGUAGCGCAGUUGUUUAAAUGGCAGCAAAAAUGGCCAAUAAGUCACCCUUCAGGCUUACUAACGACUCACCGGAUCAAGAGAGCCAGGCUCAGCUUCCGAAAAGAAAUCGUAAAUGUCCUGGCUGCAAGUAGUCUGCUACACAGCCGUUUUUAGUGUCGUCACGCAACGCUCCUCCCCACUAACAGCUGCUGAAAACCAAACUACAUUCCUUUCCCGUGAUUAGCCAAUUAUAAUUCAGCUCCCAUUUUCUGGAAAGUGUUCGCGCCACAUUUGCGGUACUGUGACUCCUCCAAUCACAGCUUUGCUUUUAUCGGUGCCACAUGUGUGAAUGACAGAAUAAUCAAAACGUCGCGUGAAAACAAGCAAUUAACUAGAGUAGUGUUGUCGUAGUCGAGUCCUAUUUAAAAUUUAGGAGAUAAGCACCAGCAGCAAGCAAGUCGAGCAAAUUGCGAUGCACAACAUGGAUGUGCUCAUAAAGUUGCCAGGUAUAGUUCGGGAAAUCGCUCAUCGAUAAUUUAAAAGAUUGCUUUUUGAAUCAGUACCCUUGAGAGUUUAGUAUUCACAGGAACACAAUGAGCACAUCCGGCACAUUUAAAUUCUUCAUCACAUAUCAGUACAUAUGCACGUUAAAUGAAGAACCAACCGAUCCUGGUAAAAGUCUUCUAGGCCUAUCAAACCUUUCUUUCACUUGGAACUUUCUUGACCGCUUAAAACAAACUUUUUUUGCAAAUUAACCUUUUCGUUGCUUGAGAACACAGAGCCGUCUAAAUUCAGCGACAAUUGAUUGAUUUGUCGAAAACUGAGAAGCGUGCUCGCGUCCUAGCGCCCCGCGGCUCACGUAUUGUCAAACUUCUUGUGCAUGAUUGGCUUGUUCGUUAGACCACAAACACAAAGGGAAAGGAAUGUAGUUCGGUUUUCAGCAGCCGUUUGUGGGGAGGAGCAUUGCGUGACGACACUAAAAACGGCUGUGUAGCAGACUAGGCUGCAAGAGCCUCCACGGUGAACAUUCGUGGCAUAUAAAAAAAAAUUAUUAUAUUUUGUAAUACCUGCUUUGUACACUGUGCUAUUCUUUUCAUUCUGGUUUGUAACAUACAUCAUGUUUUGUCUCCAGUUUUGCCGUGUCUCUGCUCAUGCAAUGGGACUGGCUCCCUUAACUCCCUCCCUUGUCCUUGAGCAAAAGAGCCUUUUUUUUCCAUUUUUUUGGCAUCUUUAGAUCUUGGUCAAAUUGUAGCUGUUAAGCUGCAGUGCUUGAACUUCUUUGUUGAAAAAAAGUGUGUUAUUAAUUGAAAUGUAUGAAAAAGGCAAGAUAAGUUGUGUGUGGAUAAUGAAGUGAUAUUUUAAAGUUCAUUAAUUUCAUAUUAUGUUAUCAUCAUAGGAUGAUGCAGUAUUCUCUGUGAGCAGUGCAACUAUUACAAGGCAGCUGUAUGUGGACAUAUUUGGGCCUACUGUGGGUGACAAGGUAUGUAGUCAGUCAGGAGACUGUUUCUGAUCUAAUUCAGUGAUGUGUUAUUUAUUAAUCAACUGACAUUGGAGUGGAGGUAACAUUUUUAGAAGCUUUAUCAAAUCUUUAUCCAAAAAAAAAAAAACUUCUUUGUUUUUUUUUAAAGGAGCUGUGUCAGGAAUUUUUGGUACUACUUUAAAAUGUUAAAACACAUUGGAAUCAAAGAAAACCCUGAAAGACUGGCACAGUUAUUUUCCCAAAUUACUUUUCUACCAUGUACCUCAACUACAUGUAUAAAAGCGUAUUCCUCUGACUUUUGAAAGUCAGGAUAAAAAUAGAUUGGUUACUACUUCAAAAAAGGGUUUGGCCAGUUUUUUCAAGUUAUCCAUUGUUGUCAAAAAAGAUCAUUGUUUUCUCUUUGAUAGAAUCAUUGUAAAAUGUUUCUUUCACUUAUGACAGGAGGUAAACAAGGAUAUUUUUUUUAAUUUCAUUUCACCUUUAAACAAAAAAUGUGGAACUCACUGUGAUAUAGCUCCAACUUUUCAUCAAAUCAAUUUGAUAAACUAAAAUGUUACCACAAGUUUAAAGUAACAGUACACACAAGUGAACAUACGGAGAUGGUGGUGGGGGGUUGGGGGAAGGGGGUUUAAAUGGUGUUUUGUUAAUUUGCUUGUUAAUCACUGCAGGUGCAUCUUGGUGACAGUUCUCUUGUUAUAGAAGUAGAAAAGGAUUACACAGUGUAUGGAGAUGAACUGAAAUUUGGAGGUGGCAAGGUGUGAAAAUAAUUAUAGGUCACUUGACGUGUUCAUUAUUAUUUAAAAUGAUGAUGUUGAUUAUGCAUGUAUGGUUAACAUCUUUUUUCCUCCAGUUGUAGGCUACAUACAGUUGUAUGGGAUCCUGGGUGGGGGGGAGGGGGGGCUUACCUGUACAUGGAGGGUCAGGUGGGGAUACUCUAGAAUCAAACUCCUGAAGGAGACCGAUCUGGGUGUGAACCCAUGUCCCCCCCCCCUUAAUUCCCCUGCACCUCAACAGACAACAAGCCAGUGAAUCUGUCAGGGCUGUCAAUAAGGGCUGGUAGCUAGCCAAAACCGCCAGCUAGUUAGCCAUCCUUAGCCGACUACUUUUAUCUCAUUCUACACCCAGCUGACAAAACAGCAUGGGAUCCUGGGGGUAAUAAAGUUGUUUUUUUUUUUUUCAACCGCUUAGGUUGUUCCCUCUAUGGCAAAGGUCACGUUCACUUUCAUAUCUUUAUUGAUAGUUCAAAAUAUGAUUCAUUUCAUGUCAAUUACCAGUAUUUCAGUAUUUAUAAGUUAUUCCUUGAGAAUAUGAACCAUGAGCAAGUGUGUUUAAUAUUACUCUGAAUCCUUUUAGGUUUUAAGGGAGGGAAUGGGACAAGCAGCAAAUGUUACCAACAAAGACACAGCCCUGGACACUGUUAUCACCAAUGCUCUCAUUGUAGAUGCUGUUACUGGCAUCAUUAAAGCUGAUGUUGGGAUCAAGGUAGGUGUAGAUGUACAUGAUUUUUUUCUAGAAAUUGUCCAGAACAGGACAUAUGUCACACUGCUCAACAGAAAUGAGGAUAGAAGUGGGGACCUCUCUAAGUAUUUUAAAAUGCUGGAAGGUUGUAUGUGCUCAUAGUCAUACCAGGUGUCAUACUCAUAGUCAUGCCCCCGUCAUAUAGGGUAAAAUUCCGACAAGCAACAUGGCCUUAAAACGGCAACAUAAGACAGAUGGGAGUUGUUGACAAAUGACAUGAAAAUAAGUUGAAACUGUGACAGCGACAUGAAAAAUUGCAAUACAAUAUAGUAAAAUACCUACAGCCACAUGCGUAUGGCCUCUUCUUCAAUACUGCUUUUGAAAUUCAGAUGAGGGACAUGCAUCCCCCCUCCCCCCUCCCCCCCCCGAAUGCUUCCGCAGGGUGGGAUACUAGACAAGUGACUCAGGCUCUCCAAAAAGACAAGGCAGGCUGUGAUUACAUAAUCCACCGCCAUGACUGGUAUGCAUUUUUAUUGUUCUACAUUUAACUGAUUGGAAGUAGAGGUAGGCAGUGAAGGUUUGCAAGAAUGUGCUCAAGAAUGAACACUUGAUAAGCAGAUGUGUAUAACUGAUUUACUAAAUGAUGAAGAUAUUAAAAACUGAGUUAAUUCAACAUUAAAUUGUGAUCAUUUUCUAAAAUUCAUUUUAGAAUGGUAUUAUUUCUGCUAUUGGCAAAGGUGGUAACCCAGAUGUUAUGGCAGGGGUCAGUAAGGUAGGCAAUACUAAGAUUUCUUUUGAGAUGCACUAAAAUUAGUGCUCCCCAUACACUGCAGCAAGAAGGGCCAUGGCUAGUUGGCAGUCUUCACAAAUACCUCAAUAGGCUGCUUGCGAGUUGCCUCAAGCUUCUGUUCCAAAGUGAGGCUAAGGGCGAAGCUAUUCAGAUAUGAAAAUCAUUUUUAUUCUCAUUCAAAUAAAACUCAUUUUCACAAGAAAGGUUUUGCACUGUAAGCUAGCCAAACUAUCUUGCAAGUGAGUUUACUAGAUGAUGGGAGUUGAAUUUAUAUGAGCGAAAGUGUACUUUUACUGGCUUUUACCGUCAAGGCAGGACAAGCCUACCCCCCAAGAUUGCAUUAAUGAAUGUUACAGCAACCAGUCUCAAAUUCAAAUCUUCGUUCUCACAUGUGGGAAUUUUUCAUGAUAGCUCCUCUGCAUUUGGUCAGAUUGAAAAAUCUUUGAAUGGAUAAAAUUGUUGUAAAGACAUUUACAUCAAAUUCAAGAAAACCGAGCUGGCAGAAAUGUCAUGAUUACCUCACAUGUGAGUUCACUGCUCAUUAUUUAUGCAAUCUUGGGAGGUAUGCUUGACGUUCCCUGACUGUAUAAUAAAAAGGCUAAAUUGUAAGAACACUGUUAUCUAGUUUGUGAAGUAAAAUAACUUAAUAAGCUAAAAUUGAAUAGUACUCAAUCUAUGUAAAACUUCAUCAUACACUCAAGGCUGUCUUAGUCCCAGUACCCCUCAUGUUUGAUAUUCAGAAGAACAUCACAACUAUUGAUGCCAUCCGGGCCUGGCCUAUUUCACCUGUCUUUAAAAGCCACAGGAUUGCCAAGUUUUGGAUUUGCUUUCCUUUGUUGUGUUGGUUUGACUGUGGUGCAUAAGCUCAGCAGUAUUGCAUGCUAAAAUUGUGUGUGUGAAGACGAACAUGGCAGAGAUAGUUGUGUUUACUGUUCUGGCCACGUGUUUGUAUGUUACACUUUAGAAGUGGCCUUACCAGCUGGUUAACAGUUGUUGGUUUAGGUGAUGAGCGUGAACGCUUAUACAAUAUUGAUGCAAUUUAUUAUUGCAAUUUAAGAAGACCCAUGAGCCUUUCAAACCCUCAAAAUUUGGCGUGUUACAAGGUAUUAUUAUUUUUCAAUAUGCUUCCAGGUACUGACAUUUAUUAAUUUGUAAAAAUUGCAUGUUAUGUAGGGAAUGGUGUGUGGGGUUGGCACAGAAGUGAUAGCAGGAGAAGGUUUGAUCCUCACCGCAGGAGGCUUUGAUUCUCAUAUUCAUUUUACCUGCCCUCAACUUGCCGAGGAGGCAAUUGCUUCUGGACUCACCACCAUGGUUGGGGGAGGAACAGGUAGGAGUUGGCAUCCUUAUUAUUUUUAAAUUUAUUUUUACAUUGCUCCUUAAGGGGAAACAUCUUAAUAUCUAUAAUUAACCUGCUAAAAUGUCAUGCUCAGUUAAGGUGUUGAUAUCAGGGUUGUCACUAAGAUUUCAAGUUUCUGGGUAAAUACAACAAGAAGGUGGGGAAUCAACACCUAGGGGUCUCUUUUGGUUCUAUUCUACUUCUAUUUUCCUUUGAAAGAAGCUGGGGGCCACAUUCAUAGUAGCCAGGGGAAAUCGAGCCAUGUCCAGCGCUGGCCAUGAAAUCCAGAGUUUCUUCACUUCUUACUUAGUUCUACACUUCUCAGAGGUGUGGAAGUGUCGAAUAGUCCGACAGAGUAAGGAUAUUGUCGCACUUUCCCCCAGUCAUGAACCCUUUGUCAUUCUUUACUUAGUUCUACACUUCUCAGAGGUGUGGAAGUGGGGAAUAGUCCGACAAAGUAAGGAUAUUGUCGCACUUUCCCCCAGUCAUGAACCCUUUGUCAUUCUUUACUUAGUUCUACACUUCCCGGACGUCUGGAAGUGUGGAAAAGUCCGACAAAGUAAGGAUAUUGUCUCACUUUCCCCCAGUCAUGAACCCUUUGUCAUUCUUUACUUAGUUCUACACUUCUCAGAGGUGUAGAAGUGUGGAAAAGUCCGACAAAGUAAGGAUAUUGUCGCACUUUCCCCCAGUCAUGAACCCUUUGUCAUUCUUUACUUAGUUCUACACUUCCCGGACGUCUGGCAGUGUGGAAUAGUCCGACAAAGUAAGGAUAUUGUCGCACUUUCCCCCAGUCAUGAACCCUUUGUCAUUCUUUACUUAGUUCUACACUUCCCGGACGUCUGGAAGUGUGGAAAAGUCUGACAAAGUAAGGAUAUUGUCGCACUUUCCCCCAGUCAUGAAGCCUUUGUCAUUCUUUACUUAGUUCUACACUUCUCAGAGGUGUGGAAGUGUGGAAAAGUCCGACAAAGUAAGGAUAUUGUCGCACUUUCCCCCACUCAUGAACCCUUUGUCAUUCUUUACUUAGUUCUACACUUCUCAGAGGUCUGGAAGUGGGGAAUAGUCCGACAAAGUAAGGAUAUUGUCGCACUUUCCCCCAGUCAUGAACCCUUUGUCAUUCUUUACUUAGUUCUACACUUCUCAGAGGUGUGGAAGUGUGGAAUAGUCCAACAAAGUAAGGAUAUUGUCUCACUUUCCCCCAGUCAUGAACCCUUUGUCAUUCUUUACUUAGUUUCCACACUUCGCAAAGGUGUGGGAAGUGGGGAAUAGUGUGACAAAGUAAGGAUAUUGUCUCACUUUUCCCCCUGUUGAGAACCCCUUGUCAUUCUUUACUUAGUUCCACACUUCUCGGAGGUGUGGAAGGGUAGAUUAGUCUGACAAGUUAAGUUUAAUGUCGCACUUUCCCUGAGUCACGAGAAGCUCAGUAAGCUUUAUGAGCACUUGGUUUUAUUUCUGUAUGGUUUUUCACAUUCUUCCUUAAGAACUAUUUUUAUUUUGAAUAGCAGAUAUAACCAUUGUUUCAAUGCCAGCUGUUGAAAGAAACUUAAAGUUAAGAAAUCCGAUCACCAACCAUGCUUUCUUCCUUAUCAGUAAGGGUUCAAAUUUGAUCAUUGUUAGAUCACGCCAUAUAUCCACUGUUUCUCAGUUUUUCCUCUUCUCUAAGGUUAUGUAAAUGCUGGACAUAAAUUAUGAAAAAAGGCGAAGUGUCCUCUGUUCAUUUUCCUUGUCAUUUUUUGCAUAUUUUGACAGCCAAGAGAAGGUCUGCUCGCAAACUUCUGUGUCAAUCUGUAGGUGAAACACAAAGAGGUCAUAUGACAACAUCAAAACGUCUGUAUAUCGCUUCAUGCUUGAAUGCACUUAUAUGCCGCCAAAGGAUUAAUUACCGUGAUUAAAUAGCUCAGUCAGUGAUAAGAUUAAAAUAAGUUUCAGUGUUCUGGCCGACGACCUAUUAAAUGAAACUGAGAUCGUUAUAGUACUAAAUAAAAUUAACAACAUUGCACACCACAUCGUCAGACUAUUCCCCACUUCCACACCUCUGAGAAGUGUAGAACUAAGUAAAGAAUGACAAGGGGUUCUUAACAGGGGGAAAAGUGUGACAUUAUCCUGACUUUGUCAGACUAUUCCCCACUUCCUCACCUCUGAGAAGUGUAGAACUAAGUAAAGAAUGACAAGGGGUUCUUAACAGGGGGAAAAGUGUGACAUUAUCCCGACUUUGUCAGACUUUUCCACACUUCCACACCUCUGAGAAGUGUAGAACUAAGUAAAGAAUGACAAGGGGUUCUUAACAGGGGGAAAAGUGUGACAUUAUCCUGACUUUGUCAGACUAUUCCCCACUUCCUCACCUCUGAGAAGUGUAGAACUAAGUAAAGAAUGACAAGGGUUCUUAACAGGGGAAAAGUGUGACAUUAUCCCGACUUUGUCAGACUUUUCCACACUUCCACACCUCUGAGAAGUGUAGAACUAAGUAAAGAAUGACAAGGGGUUCUUAACAGGGGGAAAAGUGUGACAUUAUCCUGACUUUGUCAGACUAUUCCCCACUUCCUCACCUCUGAGAAGUGUAGAACUAAGUAAAGAAUGACAAGGGGUUCUUAACAGGGGGAAAAGUGUGACAUUAUCCCGACUUUGUCAGACUUUUCCACACUUCCACACCUCUGAGAAGUGUAGAACUAAGUAAAGAAUGACAAGGGGUUCUUAACAGGGGGAAAAGUGUGACAUUAUCCUGACUUUGUCAGACUAUUCCCCACUUCCACACCUCUGAGAAGUGUAGAACUAAGUAAAGAAUGACAAGGGGUUCUUAACAGGGGGAAAAGUGUGACAUUAUCCUGACUUUGACAGACUUUUCUACACUUCCACACCUCUGAGAAGUGUGGAACUAAGGAUGAAAAAGGAAAGUAGGGAUCUUGUGGCCAGCACUGGACAUUUGUGGGGAAAUCCCUCAGGUCCCCUCCUCUUAAUGACAGCCUAUGAUAUCAAUAAUAUUAGUUUUGUUAAUUUAGUAUGUCUAGACUGAGAUGAUUAAUUAAAAGUAUUCUUCAUUUUGUAGGUCCUGCAACUGGUACAUGUGCAACAACUUGUACUCCAGGACCAAAUCACAUCAAGUGAGUUUCUUGAUACACAAGAAUAUGAAUUUUAUACUCAAUUUGUUAUUAUUAGUGUUGAUCCUAUGCACUUCUUAAUGUAUUUGAGUUUUUCUUAAAAAUAGUUCCUCCGCUGAUAACUUGGAGAACAAAACAGCUCCCAAGAAAAUCUGCUUAGUAUGGGUUUUCUUGGAGCUUUUCAUCGUACAAUAAUCAUCAACUAUGUUUCUUUAAGGAGUUGUGGCCAUCACAAAUUUAAAGUUAUAAAAUUAAAAUUAUUGUAGCCAAUACGUUCUUGAUGACAAUUUGUUUUCAGAGCUAUGAUUCAGAGCACAGACAGCUUUCCCCUCAACUUUGGAUUUACAGGUCAGUAAUAAUAAUUUCUUUUUUAUGUGUUUUAUUUUAGAUGUAAAGCUGGAGAUAACUUAAAAUGUAUUAUAUAGUUAAAAAAGUUGAUACCACAUGUGUUGUUUAUUGCAUUGCUUUAUUCCUUUAGGGAAGGGAAAUACCUCCAAAUCUAGUGGGGUGGCAGAGGAGUUGGAAGAGCAAAUCAGUGCUGGGGCCAUUGGGUGAGUUAUGAUGUUGUAAAUAAGGAACUAGCACUUGGAAAGAUAUUAGCGAGAUCAAGAGUUAUGUUUGCAAAUGGCAAACGUCAGAUUCAAGUUGAGAAUUUCUCAGAAUAGAAAAUAAGCAGAUGAAUGCUGUCCAGAACAAUUCUUAGGGAUAAAACGGGCGUGAAAGUACUUAUUUUUGAGUAGAAGUAAUAAGCAGUAAAUGAAAACUAAGGGGAAAACUUGGUCACAUGGUUCAAAUUCAUGUUUGUCGUUUGUCGUUUGUCGUUCAAGGCGUAAAGGCGGGUGCUGUGCAGAGCUCCUGGACAUGCUACAAACUGACAGAUCAUCAAGAUUUUUUGCAAUGGUACCUGUAAAAUUAAAACACUACCAACAUCUAGUUAACCAGCCAAUAGACUGAUUGGGGUAUAACCAACAUUCAACAGAUUUUGUUUGUGUUUUUCUUUUAAAGGUUAAAGCUCCAUGAGGAUUGGGGAACAACUCCUGCGGCAAUUGACUGUGCCCUCACAGCUGCGGAAAAACACGAUGUUCAGGUAAACGAUAAUCAGUUUUACAUAAAUUAUGUGGUAGGUAGAGACUCACAAACUGUGGGGUGGUCACUCGCAGUUAGUGUUAUUCUCACGUGCUUGUUGAAGGUUCCUCCCUGAAUCUUUCUUCUCUUUGAGUGACUGAGUUGAGAGACAAGCUGUAACAGGCGCAGUAACUUUUGAUAGAUUAGACCUAGAUAGUGUUUCAUCUGCUUGGAUUCUUGAAGGAGUAGUAAUACUCCUUCCAGAAGCAACUUCAUGCUACAGAAAUUUAAGUGUGGGUAUACAUCCUGAGGUCAUGUUGCCCUUAGUGGAGUUGUGUUCUGUCUUUUUGGAUUCAUGUAGCCUGCUUGGCAGCCAUUUGAAAGGGAAGGGAAAGGGGAUUUUGGGGUGCGAGGGAAGGGCAAGGGGCACGCGAGGAAGGAGGGAGGAAGGAGGGGAGGGAAGCACCUGAAGGGAGUGACAAUACGUCGUCUAGAGGUUGCCUCAUGCCACAGAAAUUUAAGUGAGUAUCCUGUGGUCAUGUUACCUCAAGUGGAUAAUUUAACUAAAAUGCUCAAAAGAUCUGGUAUAAAACCAGUGAAGGUGUUUGGCCUAUCUGAUAUUUUGCAACCUGUAUGCAUCAGACAUUUCAAAAAAUGUGCAUGCUAUUGCUGGUAGAACCAGAGACAAAAAUUAAAUUCAAAAUUCUUUGAGUUAAAAUAAUUUAUUAUUUGUCUUUUUUUUUUCAGAUAACCAUUCAUACAGAUACACUAAAUGAAUCAGCCUGUGUGGAACAAUCCAUAGCUGCCUUUAAGGUUUAUUAUUAGUGAUUACUCUUAUUUUAAAAAUGCUUCAAUAUAGACAGUCAAGCUUUUUAGCCUUUCUUUUGUAUCCUGCAAGCAAGCUCUCCAGGGGGCUCUGGUGGCGGGGUGAGAAAAGGAAAGAGAUCUUGCAACUUUGUCUCUGAAAUUUGAAUUCCACCUGCAAUUCCCCUUUGACUCCCCUUCGACUGAGCUGUCAGAUUUCUGGCAAUUAUGAGGGAACACCUAAGAAUUUUAGUGUGCCCUCAUUUUUUCAUGUGGCAAUCACUUAUGAAUACCACCAAAAACUUAUGAUGUAAUAAAUAGAUCAUGAUUUUAUGGCACCUUUGCAUUUAAUUCUUACUGUAGAGCACCUUUUAAUUUAGUUGUAGGGCUCCUUGCAAGAAUGUCCUUAGGGUUUUUUAAUCAUUUUUUUAAAGUGCAUCAAAACUGCUGAAUUUUAGGAUGUGACAUUUGUUUUAGUAGACAAACACUGUUUUGAACUUUUGCACUUCUUUUUCGAGAAAUAAUACGAAAAAUGUUCACUUUUCCAGCGGCUUUCUUUGCGAUUCUUUUCAUGCAUGAGAAACAAAAGAAACCUUAUUUAUCUUUUGCGUAUUUUCAGGGCAGAACAAUCCACACGUAUCACUCUGAGGGAGCAGGUGGAGGCCAUGCCCCUGAUAUCAUUAAAGUUUGCUCUGAAGCAAACGUAAUUCCAUCAUCAACCAACCCAACUCGGCCAUUCACUAAGAAUACUAUUGAUGAGCACUUAGACAUGUUGAUGGUGUGCCAUCAUCUUGACAGGUAUGUUAACAUUGCUACUUCCUAGUAAUGUAGCCAUGUGGUGUAUAACCCAGAAGUAAGUCAGAUCUCUACUGGCUUGUUUUCAGUAUUGUAGCAUGGGUGCUACAUAUUGAUUGUGUUAUGGUUUAAUAAUUUUCCUUGCAAAGUUAUUUAGUACAGUAAUUUUGAAUCAAAAGGAAAAUAAAAUUUGAAAAAAAAUGGUUAUAAAAGUGAGUCACAAUAGUAUACCUGCCAACUCUCACGCCUUAGGCGUGAGUCUCAUGCCUGCGGGUUGAAAACUUCGAUCUCACGCCGGCUCACGCUUGCGGGCCAAUUUCUCACGCCUGAUUGAAAAAUGUGAGUUGUUGCCGUCUUGCUUGACACAAUUUCCAAAAAUAUGUUAACUGAGACCCAUGUAAGGAACGAAAACCAUGUGUAAAAUGAAUAAAUGACAAUACCUUCCUCGUGAUCUCUGAUUUUAUGGAUAAGCGUUUUCUCGAUAACUUCGCCUUUGGCAGACUUCGAACGGCUUCAGAAGACUUCAGACUUCUUCGGAAGACUUCGGACUUCUUCGGGAAUCUUCGGAAAUGAUCGUGUCGUCUUCAAAAAUCCUAGCACUCCCAGGAUAAAAAUCUCAUGCUUAUAUCUCAGAAAAAGUUGGCAGGUAUACAAUAGGUAAGUGACUUUUGGUGCCCUUCACUCCCACUGGUUGGAACGUUAAAUGCAUGAAGAGAGCUGGCUAAUAAUUAUUUUAGAUAUUUGCUUGGAUUCCAGUGCUUGAUGUUUACAUUUGCAAGUCUCUCUAAUACCAAAAUGCAUAAAGGCACAUGAUAUUUUUGGUAACUAUUUCUUCUCUCUUUGAUGGUUAAACUUCAAUGGCCGAACUCCUAAUAGAAUUAAGGUCCAGUUCCGGUUUUCUCUGUGAGCUCUUUCUUCUCCUUGAGUUAAGGACACUCAUUAGAUGUCUUGGUUUUGAGCCCAGAAGGGAAAAAUGGAAUCCAUUCCCUGCACUCAUAAAAAAUAAAAUGUUUGCCCCCAUUCUGCUAUUUUGGGUCUUGACAAUGUAAAGAAUGGCUGUGUUGGCUCCCAAGAAAAAGUGCUUUUGAAGUCCUGUAAGACUGUAGGUUACUCAAAGUCAAUGUUUCACAUAAUUUUUUGUCUAGCAAUCUGAAGGAGGAUGUAGCUUUUGCUGAGUCCCGUAUCAGGGCAGAAACAAUUGCUGCAGAAGACAUUCUUCAUGAUAUGGGAGCCAUAAGCAUCAUAUCUUCUGAUUCACAGGUCAGAAAAACUUACUAAGUAUAGUACGUACCCAUUUAGCCAUUCUUCUUUUGCUGAACUAUCAUGACAAUUUCUUUACUGUUUCAGGCCAUGGGCCGUGUUGGUGAGGUCAUCUGUCGCACAUGGCAAACAGCAGAUAAAAUGAAAAAACUCAGAGGAAAACUUGCUGAAGAGCAGGUAAAAGUUCAAUGAUAUUGGUUAGGGUAGUUGGUUAGACACUAGACUCUCGUGGGAUGGGGGGUCCAAGUUCUCUUUCACUGACUUGACCAAUGCUCACUGGGUCUGAAAUGUAACCGAGAAAAGUGUGCUCUCUCUGAGACCAUUAGUGGCCACCCUAGUGUCUAUCCCUCAUGGUUUGUAGAUUGGGUAGGAGGGAGGGGAGGGCUUCAUGUAUGGGACCAAUGAGAUCAGUUUCUGCCCACCCCCAUUGGGCAGCUCUGUGACGUGGCCAACAAAACUGGAAAAACUGUUAAUUGUUUAAAGUAAAAUAAAAUGAUUAUAAAAAUAGACAGUCUGUCACUGCAUGUAGCUACUAUGUUAACUGUGUUUUUGCAUUGCGUAGGCAGGGUUUCCUGUGGAAGUUAAUACUUACAUGUACUUACACAGACUGUGACUGUGAGGCUUUAGCAACAAAGACAUUUUACUGUCUUAUAUUGCCAGGUUCUAAAUGGCAUCUCAACUGAUGUGCCAUUUUUUAAAUAAUAAUAUUAUUACUAUAAUUUUAUUAUAGUUAUCGUAGUAAUAACAGACCUUAUAUUUGACUGUUGAUUAUUUUGUAAUAGGGUGACAACGACAACAUCCGUGUUCGCCGUUACAUAGCCAAGUAUACCAUAAACCCAGCUUUAGCUCAUGGAAUGUCUCACCACAUAGGAUCCAUUGAGGUGGGUUCUGAAGAAAAAUAACUUAAAGUUGCCACGCCAGGCAACUCAUCAUCUGUGCAUUUGGCUUGUACAAAAACUGAGGGUUCAGUGUUUUUACGAUGAGAUAUUGAAUAUAUUUUGCCAAUAGUGUUAAGUUUUGGUCAAUGGUUGCACUUCAGAAUAAAAGGGUCACCACAUCCCCAUAUGCUUUGAUGAUUUUGAUCACUGAUCAAUAAAAUUUCUGAGAAAAAGUUAUCAGGAAGCUUCAACCUUGGUCAAAGGUGAUUUUCAAUGAAAUUGAACUGCAAGUUCGUCUAAACCCCUCACAAGGCUGAAUUGCUGGGAAUGGUAGGGGAAAUGAAAGACCUUUUGUGAGACACAUACUCAAAUGUUUUUGAAUUAGCAAGUGAAGGAAAAAUUGAUUCAGUUGUGUCAAUUAUAUUUUCCAAAACAUAUCAUUCACCAGUAGGCUAUUUUUGUUGAAUACUAUAGUAAAAUUGCAUUAGUCACUACAACAGGUUGUUGUUUUGCAUUAACUUUUUAUUUUUCAGGUUGGAAAGUUGGCUGAUUUGGUUCUGUGGAAUCCUGCUUUGUUUGGUGCUAAACCAGAGAUCGUUGUAAAGGGAGGCCAGAUUGCUUGGUCGCAAAUGGGUAACUAAUAAUUGUUAAUAAUUACUGUUGUUGAAAAUUACUAUGAAAUAUUUUUCUGAGAUCAUAGCAACCAUAAGAAGUUAUUAUUGCCUUGUACUUCUUCCUGCAGGAAAUCCCAAUGCUUCUAUUCCAACACCCCAGCCUGUCCGACCACGCCCCAUGUUUGGAGCCUUUGGAGUUGCAGUCGGAGCCAACUCAGUUGUAUUUGUUAGCCAGGCAAGUCUCUCUCUUCAUAAUUAUAUAGCUUGUACUUUUCUUUAUCAGCUUACAGACGUGCACUGGCAGUAAACAAAGAUUGACCAUUACUGCUUUCUGUGUAAUUUUGGGAAGAUCCAUGACAGCAGAAAAACAAGCAAUAAUUUAUUGUUUUAUUAUUAUGGACGGACAGGACACCAUAUUCUAUUUUUUAUCAUAAAAUAAUAACAAUUAUAAUAGUAAUUAUAAAACAAUAAUAAUAAUAAUAAUAAUAAUAAUAAUAGUAAUAAUGAUAAUGAUAAUGAUAAUGAUAAUGAUAAUAAUAAUGAUAAUAAUAAAUGAUUUUAUAUUUUUAACAAUCCUGUUUUAUUAAUGUAUCGAAAAAGCCCUGGAUCAACAGAAUGAUGGCAACUUUUCAAUUCACAUCAUUGCAAUACAUUGUUUUUGUAGGAAUGUGAAAAGAACAGUGUUUGCAAGGCUUAUGGAAUUAGCAAGAAGACUGUAGCAGUAAAGGGGUAAGUGGAUUGUCUCUCAGGGGAAUCAAGUGGGGGAUCGGGUGGAUAUGUUGUGGUUCAAUUUUAUCCUUGGUUUAAAUUUUAUUUUCCUUUGUUUCAAACUCAUUAUCAUACAUUACCAUACCCAAAAACAAAGGAAAAUGAAAUUUAAACCAAGGAUAAAACUGAACCACAACAGAUACAUGUGUGCAUUCCUGCCCUUCACCCUUUUGUCUAUCAAAGUUUGUAUUCUCAGUGGAUACUUUUUCUAAAUUUCAUUUUUUUUACAGGUGCCGCAAAGUGACAAAGAAAGACAUGAUUUUGAACAACUACUUACCUAAACUUACAGGUGUGUUGGGCUGUUUUCUCUUUAAUAACAAAAGGCUGUAUAUAGGAUAUUACAUGGCCACAUAGAGAUACGAAAUUUCUCUUAUAAGAGUGUUGAUUUCACCAGUGAGUGCAGUGAUUGAGUGAAAUAAUAAUUAUCGAACAUAAGAAGAGAAAUUUCAAAUCCCUAGGCACCUUUCUGUAAUGUUCUAUCUUUUAUUAUAUAAACACCAAUGAAAUACCAAACCAUUUCAACAUAAGGCGUGCUUGAUCAUGUAGCCAUAGUAACAGUGCUCUUUUCACAUGUGAAGAUAACAUGUUAUUUUCACUUGUGAAGAUAUGUUUUGGCAUGAAAGCUCACUAGUAUUUCAUUGUUUGUUAUAUAAUUAUUAAUAGAUAUUGCAUUAUAGUGUUUUUCUUUCAAUAUGUCCGGCUGAAUUAAUACUUGUGUACACUGUCUUUUUCUUUAUAGUUGAUCCACAGACGUACAAGGUUCAUAUUAUUGAUGACCAGGACCCUUCCAAAAAGGAACACAUCACCUGUGAUCCAGCAUCAGUCAUCCCCAUGGCUCAAAGAUUCUUUAUCUUUUAAUCAUUUGGUCCAGCUCAUAUAUUACAUAGUCUGAAGAUGUGAUCUAGAGUCAGUCAUUUCUGUUACUCAAGGAUUCUUCAUGUUUUAUUCUUCGAUCAUUAUUCAACAACUUUCAAAGAGAAUAGUGUAUUGCUGGUUUGCACAUUGGUUGCUUCAACCUGCAACUUGCAACUGGCAUUCUGCAAUCUUAAACCUGCAACCUGUAAUCUUUUUCCUUCUGCAUGCAACUUUCAACUGGCAAUUUACAGUCUGUAACUUGCGACCUGUAAUCUUUAAUGUUCAACCUGCAACCUGCAACCUGCAUGCAGCAAUUUACUGUCUCUGUGGUAUUUUUAAGCCAUCUCUGUGGCUUCGUGAUUUUCUAUGUUGAAAGUUAAAAAUAUUCAUUAGAUAGGGAAACUCAAUAUGUAAAAAUGGUACUAGGGAGUAGGUUAACACAUUUUGUUCUUUGUGGUUCUCUUAUGUAUAAUUAUAUUUUAUACAAUAUAUCAAAUGGAGAUAUUUGAAGUGGCACUGUCACCAAAUAUGGACAAAUCCAAUACACUCAUACAGAGUCCCUCUUAUUCCAAUAGUUUGUCAAGUCACUAACUAUGGUCAAGUGAGGCGACUUUAAAGAAAACUUAGAGAUAGUUCAAAGUCGACAAAUCCAAAAAUGCUUUGCAGUAAUGAAAGUUACUGUUAAUAGAAAAUUUUGCUAGUUUUCAAAGAACUUUACAAAUUCAAUGAAAUUGUCUUUUAGUGUAUCAUUGACUUGCUUAAUUACUAUCACUUUACUGUGUGAAUAAAUACCGUUAGUGUAGCAUGCAAAGCAUAGCAUAAAAUAGAGAAGCCUGUACUUUUCAAAAGCAGCAAAUAGUAAUAAAAUGUAGUUUUAUAGUAUGGUAUCAUUAGAUAUGAAAACAUUAUUUGAUUACCUUUACAUUUAGGUAUAGCUAACCACCACUAAAUCCUGUGAACAGGCACUCCAAAGGGGUUGUCAGAAAAUUUAGAGAAUAAGGAAAAUAACAUGUUUGUGCUCUCCAUGUGUAACCCAUGGUGCCUAACUCUUGCUCUUGGGUGAAAGAAAAUCUUAGUUUUCUUUUAGAAAUCCGAUGCCGGACACCCUGGAUUUCACAGGUUCAGAGCACUGGGCUUCCUUCAAUUUUUCGUAGAGCACAGCCUUGAAAAUAUAAAUUAACGAGGCAUGAAUGUCUUAGAUUAAAAGGUACUCACAUGGGUAGGUGUGGAAGGUGGGAUCACCCCACCUCCAUUGGGUUAGUUUGGAGGCCUUCCGAUGGAAGAUUUUAAUUUGAAGAAUUAAAACAAAAAAAAUUAAAGAAUUUUAACCAUGAGGAUAGAAUCUUAAUAUACCCACAUUUGCCUUAUUUUAUAUCGUCUUCAUUCCACGAAGAGUUGCAAAACAAUGACAGAUUUAUUAUCUUCCUAAAAAAACAAAUAUUUUCUGUGAGUGCUGUUUCAACUCUUGAUUGUUUAUUGCACUAGAAUCAAUAUGGCGACUCCACGUGUGUGCUGCUUACGUGUUUGCAUAUGCUUACGUCAUACGAAGUACACGUGACGCGUACUGUGACAUCCCUCUCUCAACAACAAUGUCUUACAUCAAACAA